GGGCGCCCACUGUGGUGCAGGGGCUGGGACUGACGCUGUUGGGGGCCUGGGGCGGUGGGCUCACCCAUGGGCCUUUCCAAAAGCAAACGCAAACUGGGGAAAGAUGAGGAGUCGAAGACCCGGCGCGGUUACAUAGUCCCAAAGGCUGAGGAAAGGCGGGUGGACAGACCUUCACAAGAGUCCAAGAAGCCUCCAGACACCAAGCUUGCGGAGAGCUUCCGUGAGGAGAAAGGGGCGGCUAAGCGGCAGUGGCCUUCAUCUGAAUGGGGAGAGAAACCUGAUGUAAAUCCAGAAAAGAAGAAGUUUGCCAUCCCACAGAUCAUCAUCACCACACCCUCAAAAGAGACUGUGAUCAGCUAUGGCUCCACGGGCAUGCAGGAGCAGAGAACCAUUCGGGAACGGGCUGAGCAGGGCCCCUACUCCCGACACAGAAACCCCAGCACAGUAGACGCCUAUAGCAUACAGACCACAGAAUAAACAGGCACCCCAGCA